CCUCUGGUGAAAAUGUCUGGAAUUCCGUUUCCGCUUUAGGGAGGGGACGGUGAUUUUUUUUUUUUUAAUCACCAGACUUUCUACUCAACUUUAUUUUCCACGUCAGCUCAGAAAGCUGUCCCGGAUUAAUCUAAUCGACGAUGGCUUCUUCGCCUCAGAAGUCUCCGUCUUCUCCAAAAUCCCCGACGCCCAAGUCUCCGUCUUCCAGAAAGAAAGAUGACUCUUUUCUGGGAAAACUUGGUGGAACUUUGGCGAGGAGGAAAAAAGCUAAAGAAGUAUCUGAGCUUCAGGAGGAGGGGAUAAAUGCCAUUAAUCUUCCUCUCAGUCCUUCACACUAUGAGUUGGACCCUGAGGACACCAUGCUAGAGGAGAACGAGGUGCGUACCAUGGUGGACCCCAACUCCAAGAACGAUCGCAAACUGCAGGAGCUCAUAAAGGUGUUGAUCGACUGGAUAAAUGACGUCCUGGUGGGGGAGAGGAUCAUAGUAAAGGAUCUGGCUGAAGAUCUGUAUGAUGGACAAGUUCUCCAGAAGCUAUUUGAGAAGUUGGAAGGUGAGAAACUGAACGUCGCAGAGGUGACCCAAUCUGAGAUCGCCCAGAAGCAGAAGCUGCAGACUGUUUUGGAGCGCAUCAACGAAUCGCUCAAAUUGUCCUCCAGGAACAUACGCUGGAAUGUGGACUCGGUUCAUGCUAAGAGUAUAGUCGCCAUCCUGCACCUGCUGGUGGCGCUGUCGCAACACUUCAGAGCACCAAUCAGAUUGCCAGACCAUGUUUCUAUUCAAGUAGUGGUGGUUCAGAAGAGAGAGGGCAUCCUUCAGUCUAAGCAGAUCCAAGAAGAAAUCACUGGCAACACUGAGGCUUUCUCUGGCAGACAUGAGCGCGAUGCUUUUGACACCCUGUUCGACCACGCUCCAGAUAAGCUGAAUGUUGUCAAGAAGACUUUGAUCACUUUUGUGAACAAACACCUAAACAAGCUCAACCUAGAAGUGUCUGAACUGGACACCCAGUUUGCAGAUGGGGUUUAUCUGGUGUUGCUGAUGGGUCUGUUGGAAGGAUACUUCGUGCCACUCUACAACUUCUUCCUCACACCUGAGAAUUUUGACCAAAAGGUUCACAAUGUGUCGUUCUCCUUUGAGCUGAUGCAGGAUGGAGGUCUGGAGCGACCAAAGCCCCGACCUGAGGACAUUGUGAACUGUGACCUUAAAUCAACCCUGCGCGUCCUGUAUAACCUCUUCUCCAGGUACAGAAACGUGGACUGAGCACCAUACAUCACAAGUGGGAACAACAUUAUAACAACCACCACUUUAUCAGUGUUUUUGUCCUCUGUUUGUUUUAAGAAGCAAUUUUUUUUUAACUAAAUGCACGAAUCACAUUUAGUGUGCUUAAUAAAAAAAAAUCACACAAAUCUCUUUCUCUCCUGCAGAGACAUGCAGUUUUUUUUUAAAAAAAAAAACAAAAAACUUUUUUGUUGUAAUCUGCAGGAAAGUCUUACAGAUUUACAGAGCUAAAAUGCAUCCAGACGUGUUGUUAAAGCUUAGUUAAGUCUGAUGAUUUGCCACCCCAAAUUUAUAUCAUGGCUAGAUUUCAUAUUUUCUUAUGUUUUUUUUUUUUUUAUAUAAAGCAAAGAAAAAGAACAUAUUUGUGUAUUUAUUCUGCAUUUUGAUACCCUUCUUGAUUUUCCAGCUGUUGAAUUAUUUCAUCCGGCUUUUGUUUAUGUCCAUAUAAAUGCCUUUAUUUAAACCUGUGAACACUGUCAUGUCCCAAGGCUGGGAUGAAUGUGCUCCCAGUUGUCUUAAUGCUCCGGAUUUCCUUAAAAUAUUUGACCAAAGCUUUGCUGUAUUUGUAUUAAUAAACAUAAAGUUUUUGCUAAGCGGCCACCUGCUUUUUUGUAAUAUAUCAAUAAAAUGUGUUUUAUUUUUACUUGAGCAUCUAAAAAACAUUUAUACAUUUUCUAUUUUAAUUUAUGCAUCAAAUAUUAAGGACGAAGCCUUCUGCUAAAGCAGCUGAAUACAGUCCUAUGUUAUGGUUUGAACACACUCCCUGUCAUGUUUCUGUUUAUGUUCGAAUGCAUUACAUUCAAUAAAUAUUUCAGUGUUUGAA